CUCAGUCACAGGUUUUAGGAAAACGGGGCACAUGGGCAGCCAAGGGAAGAGGGUUGUAUGAUGCGAUCUCUGUAAUCAGCAUCUGCUUAAGGCCAGAAAGCACAACUUUCUCACCUGGCCCAGUUGCAAGGUUGGCUUUUACUGGGGCUUGUAGAAAGGUUACCAUACAGGUGAAACUCGAAAAAUUAGAAUAUCGUGCAAAAGUUCAUUAAUUUCAGUAAUGCAAAUUAAAAGGUGAAACUGAUAUAUGAGAUAGACGCAUUACAUGCAAAGCGAGAUAAGUCAAGCCUUAAUUUGUUAUAACUGUGAUGAUCAUGGCAUACAGCUCAUGAAAACCCCAAAUCCACAAUCCCAGAAAAUUAGAAUAUUGUGAAAAGGUUCAACAGUCUAGGCUCCAGGUGUCCCACUCCAAUCAGCUAAUCAAUCCAUAACACCUGCAAAGGGUUCCUGAGCCUUUAAAUGGUCUCUCAGUCUGGUUCAUUAGGAAUCACAAUCAUGGGAAAGACUGCUGACUUGACAGUUGUGCAGAAAACCAUCAUUGACACCCUCCAUAAGGAGGGAAAGCCUCAAAAGGUAAUUGCAAAAGAAGUUGGAUGUUCCCAAAGUGCUGUAUCAAAGCACAUUAAUAGAAAGUUAUGUGGAAGGGAAAAGUGUGGAAGAAAAAGGUGCACAAGCAGCAGGGAUGACCACAGCCUGGAGAGGAUUGUCAGGAAAAGGCCAUUCAAAAGUGUUGGGGACUUUCACAAGGAGUGGACUGAGGCUGGAGUUAGUGCAUCAAGAGCUACCACACAGAGACGGAUCCUGGACAUGGGCUUCAAAUGUCGUUUUCCUCUUGUCAAGCCGCUCCUGAACAACAAACAACGUCAGAAGCGUCUUACCUGGGCUCAAGAAAAAAAGAACUGGUCUGUUGCUCAGUGGUCCAAAGUCCUCUUUUCUGAUGAGAGCAACUUUUGCAUCUCAUUUGGAAACCAAAGACCCAGAGUCUGGAGGAAGAAUGGAGAGGCACACAAUGCAAGAUGCUUGAAGUCCAGUGUGAAGUUUCCACAGUCUGUGUUGAUUUGGGGAGCCAUGUCAUCUGCUGGUGUUGGUCCACUGUGCUUCAUUAAGUCCAGGGUCAACGCAGCCGUCUAUCAGGAGAUUUUGGAGCACUUCAUGCUUCCUUCCGCAGACGAGCUGUAUGGGGAUGCUGACUUCAUUUUCCAGCAGGACUUGGCACCUGCCCACACUGCCAAAAGUACCCAAACCUGGUUCAAUGACCAUGGGAUUACUGUGCUUGAUUGGCCAGCAAACUCGCCUGACCUGAACCCCAUAGAGAAUCUAUGGGGCAUUGCCAAGAGAAGGAUGAGAGACAUGAGACCAAACAAUGCAGAAGAGCUGAAGGCCGCUAUUGAAGCAUCCUGGUCUUCCAUAACACCUCAGCAGUGCCACAGGCUGAUAGCAUCCAUGCCACGCCGCAUUGAGGCAGUAAUUGCUGCAAAAGGGGCCCAAACCAGAAGACAAUUCUGCAAUAAAGAGUGCCUGGAACAGACAAAGGGCUUCACCUUUGAAGCGGUCAAGAUGGAUAAAAAGGCAUUUGAGAUGGUGCUUGAUGAAAUUAGAAAGGCUGUGUUGAUGGAAUACAAAUUAAAAGCUAUUGAAUAUGUACAUGGAUACUUCUCUAGUGAACAGAUUGUUGAGUUACUAAGAUACUUCUCUUGGGCUGAGCCACAGUUAAAGGCAAUGAAGGCACUACAGCAUAAAAUGGUAGCUGUUUCUGCAUCAAAAGUGGUUAACAUCCUCAACUGUUUCACUUUUAGCAAAGACAAGCUUAUUGCGCUAGAGUUAUUGGCCUCCAAUAUUGAUGAUGCUCAGAAUUACCGCCUUAUUGAAGACCUCUUCAGAAUUAGCAUGUCUGAGAAGAAGAGGUGCAGGAGAAUACUUGAACAGGCUUCUAAAGCAGGCUGCAAAGCACCUCAUGCUAUGAUAUCUUCCUGUGGUAUGAUACCUGGAAACCCUUAUCCAAAAGGGAAGCCCAGCCGCAUAAAUGGAAUUUUCCCGGGCUCACCUAUCAAAAAGGACAAUGAGGACUAUACUAAUGAAGGCAAGGGAAUAGCAGCUCGUAUUCUUGGACCAUCCAAACCGGCUCCAGCAACAUACAAUCCACAUAAGCCUGUUCCUUACCCUAUCCCUCCUUGUCGACCACAUGCAACCAUUGCACCAAGUGCUUACAACAAUGCAGGGCUUGUUCCAUUGGCCAAUGUCAUAGCUCCAGGCUUGCCAGCUCUACCACCAUAUCCUUCUAGUCAUGUAGGAACAGGUAAAGCAGAAAAUGAAGAACUUUCCAGUCAGGCAAAACCUUCCCAAAACCAAGCUUUUGCUACACAAACGAAUCAUCUCUUUACACCUCAUGGUUCUAUCCCUGCUGCUACUCCAGCCCCAACCCCAUCAUCUGUCAAGGCAAUAAGCCACUCAUCAGCACUUCCAUCUCCAACCAUUCCAGGGAUAAGCAUGUCCACCCCUGUUCUUCCCGUCUUCCCUGGGCAGGUCAUCUCCAUUCAUCAGUCUCAGCCAUCGACCCCAACCUCUACUGUCGUCAAAUCCCAUUCUGGUGUUCCUGCCACAUCUGCUCAUUGUGCCACUUCCACUCCCCUCCCUGCACCUUUCUCUGGGCUGGCUUCUGUGCUGCCUGCUGCAGCAGCUCCCCAAGGGCUUUCUGCACCAUGUGCUACUCCUGCACCUAAUGAAGCUUUUGCAUCUGCCUCUGCACCAUUUGCCAGCCUGCCUUUUUCUGCCACGUCUGUCGCUUCCUCAGCUAAUAACCCUAACUCAUUGUCCUCCACCUUUGCUGGCCUUCCUCUAUCCUUGACGCCCACCCCUCAGGGGAUAGCUAGUCCCAUGCCUUCUGCCAUUGCCAGUUCUCCUGCCAGUAGCCUCCCAUGUUCGCUUAACUUGCCCACCCCACUACUGUCGGUCUUAAAGGGAUUUCUGUCAGUAAACGAUACUUCAAUAAUGAACUCAACUGCUCUGCCUUCUGCUGUGACAGCUGAGCUUGCUUCCUUGUCUGGUCUUGCUAGCCAGAAUUCUGAAGCCACCUCUUCAUCCAGUAACAAAUGUUACACUCCAACGGCUACCUCUGCCCUUCAACAUUCUUCCACUCCAGGACUGUCCAUUUUCCCAGGGCUCCCAUCUCAGCCUGGAGCUAGCAACAGUGCAACCCCUCCUGCAUUACCGACACAGUCCCCUUUAACCACACUGCCAUCAUCCAUUAUACCUGCCAGUUGUGUCUCCUCUACUGCUCUUCCACAUUGCCCAACCCCAGUUAAUCCCGAACAGCAGACUUCGUCCACCCCAGCUGCCACAGCUAUUCCACCUCUGGUCAAAACUGAACCCAUAAGCCCUACUCUUUCAGGUUUCAAGGGCCCUUCACAGUCCACUGGGCCUUCUCAUAGCACUUCAGGCUUAUCAGCACUUGGACACGCAUAUACCUCAAGUACUUCACUGUCAGGCAGCUUACCCAGUUCCCUUAAUCCAGCACUAUCCAGCCUCUCCUCCUUGAGUGCUCCUCUAAACAGCUCCCCUUCAAUUGCCCCACAUGGUUCAUCUGCUCCAAUAGCUCCUGUAUAUAAUGCACUUCCUCCUUUCACUUCAUUGACCAGCAGCUUUGCUUUUACUGGCAAUCCAGCACUUACUCCAACGGGGUCUCUGUUGCCCAUCCCGCCUACGACCUCAUCAGCCAUUGCUGCACCUCAUGUCAGCUCCACCACCACUGUUCUCCCAACGCUCAUUGCUUCAGCAGCUGCUCCAGCUUCCCCAUUUUCCCUUAACUUGUGCAGUGCUGUCCCUUCCCUGUUUUCUGUUCCUCAAGUACCUCUAGGCUCAUGCAGCUCAUCCUUCCCUCCUUUCCCUGUCUCUAACACUCCCUCUGUCACUCCUGCUCUCCCUUCUUUCCCUGGCCUCCAGGCAUCUUCUACAGUAGCAGCAGUCGCACCGCUGCCGGCAGCUGCCACAGCCCCAUCUCCGGCUCCAGUGCUGCCAGGGUUUGCCUCGGCCUUUAGCUCAAACUUCAACUCGGCACUUGUUGCACAGGCUGGCCUGACUUCUGGGCUUCAGACCCCUGGAAAUACAGUUUUCCCUGGACUCCUCUCUCUUCCUGGCAUCCCUGGACUUGCCCAGAGUGCCACACAGUCUUCCCUACAAGAACUGCAGCACAGUGCAGCUGCACAGUCAGCAUUGCUACAGGCACACUCUGCAUCUGCUCUGGAGAACUACACAUCUCAACCUGAUGGCUUUACUACAUAUCCUCCAGCACCAGGAACACCUGGAACGCCCUUUACAAUGCAGGCGAGUCUUCCCCAGAGUGGAUGGCAAUAAAUAAAACCACCUGCAAAAAGAGACCUUUUUGAAGGAUGUUGUGGUAGCUUGGCAAAGCCACUGAUGAUACUUCCAUUGAAGGCUUUAGCAAAAUGUUCACUUCAAUGUGUAGCAACCAAGAGGAAGAGAAGAGGGGUUCCAAGUAGCUGUUUCUGGCAAGCUACAAAAAUUGGAUUCUUAAGAACUUUUUAUUAAUAUCCUUUAUGAAGCACUAAGUGUCCUCCAUUCAUUCUUAGGAAAUGGAAGUUGAGGUUACUUGGAUCCUCACAGGCUCUUUUAAAAUAGAAACAUCCUAGGUCAAUAUUUUAAAGACAAUAAUCAGUGCAUCACUGAACUGGGACAAAGGUGCCACAGACUUUUCAGCAAUUGUUCUCUACAGUAUGUGUAUUGGAUAAAAAGGAACUCUAGAUCAGGGGUUCCCAGAUUGUCAGACACUUCCCACUCAACCACUCCACUGAAAGAUUGUGUCUCCCUCCUUUAUCCAUCAUAUGUUAAUUUACACUUUGUAGAACAACCUCCUUUUCCCUGUAGGAUCAGCUCCAGUCCCUUGCUUUAAUUGUUUUUAUUUCUCAUUGCCUUUCCCAUGCAUGUCUACCCAAAUCAUUGUCACUAAAACUAAUAUUUAUCAAUUAGUUCCUACCGUUUUCACCAAUAGGCAUCCUGCGUUUAUCAACAUGAGCCAUCAGUAUUUCUUCAGUUUUCUAAGAUGCUAAUAACUCUAGAUUAGGAUUCCUACUAUAUGUAAAUGUGUUCUUGUUUUUUUGGGGAAAAAUCCUUAUGCAAAUCCAGAUUAAGUGCGCAGUUCAUCUUGAUCAUUCGGAACUAUAUUUUGAAAAUUGUGGUUUGUGUUCCAUGAUUACCAUGUAUGUCGUAUUGAAUUCAUGAACAAGGCAUUGGUAGCUGCUCCAGUUUAUCAAAUAAGUUGUAUCAAAUGCUGCCUAAUUUGUCAAGGACCUGCUGACUUGUAAACUAAGUACUAAUUUUUCUUGCGAGAACAAACAUAUAAUGUUGUAUUGUAGUCAGAUAAGAAUGAAUUCUAUGGUUAAAAUGCUCUCUGAAAAUGGAAAGUUUAAGCCUUUGCAUACCUAUACACAUGUUCCCUUUGUCUAAGGAAUAUCCAAAAAUCUGGAACUGAGUUGUUUCCCUGCUUCUCAAGCCACACUCCAGGUCACAGGAGCCCGAAGGAAUUAUGCAAUACAGGAUUUAGAAGAUGCUCUUGCUAUGUUAAUGAAGUGCUCUGUACUGUUUAGUAUCUGUAGUGAUGAAUAGAAAAACCCCUGAUAUCUUUUUAAAAGAGUCUUGAACAUGUUUUAGAUAUACAGUAGAGAUAUGAUACUUGAUUUUGUGUUUUUAAUGUGAACUCUAUGAGAGAUUUCGUUGCAGUGCAUAGCUUAAAAUCUUUUUUCUAAAAAUGGAAGUCUGCUGGCUGGUAUUACUAAUGUAGAGGCUUUCCAACAAAUGAACAGGCAUGAAGAACACUAAUGUGUAUAUAUCUGUAUUUUUAUAAAGUUUUUUAAAAUAAAAUGUGUAGCAAACAUACACAAGUUUCUAAAGUAGAACUGAAUAAAGAAUUCUUUACAAAA